AUGCUGUCUUUCCAGCAUCCAAGAGCGCUUCGUGCUCUGGGUCGGCCAUUGGCAUGCUAUACACGCACUAUCCAUGCAAGCUCUCGUGCGUGCAGCCAAGAUCCAUCCUCCUUAGUUGUGCACGGCGUCACAUAUGCCACAGACGACUAUACCAAUAUCCCCUCAUCCAUCAUGUCGCGCGUGUUUCCUUCGCCACAGCUGCCAUACCGCGAACAUCAUCCUUUAAAGAUACUCCGUGAAGAAAUUGAGCGUGUCUUUGGACAAAAAUACUCAGCUAUCCGUGCUCCAUCGCCUGUUGUCACCACCAAGCUCAAUUUUGACGAUCUGGGCUUCCCUGCAAACCAUCCAGGUCGUAAGCCAUCUGACACGUACUAUGUCAACAGAGCAACGUGUUUGCGCACGCAUACAUCAGCGCAUGAGGUAUCAACGUUCCGUCAUGGAUAUAAGCGGUGGCUACUCACGGCUGAUGUGUUCCGUCGCGACGAAAUUGACUCCUCACACUACCCUGUCUUUCAUCAAAUGGAAGGCGCUAGUGUAUGGGGCUUGGAUGAGUUCGGAUCCAACGGUAUUGUUGAACGGGAAUGUGCAGCAAUGGAAGAGAAGCUUCGCGCUUCUGGCAUGGAAAUCCAUGAUGAUGUGAAUAUUGCGGAAGCGGACGGCUGGCAAGACACGCACCUUCGGAAGCAUCCAGAGGCGGCGAACUUGGCGCUUCGGCACUUGAAGGCUUCUCUCAAUACACUCGUUUUCGCUUUGUUCAAAAAACGAUGGGCUGAAGAGGCACAAUCAGGCGAACCUCUCCGCGUACGGUGGAUCCCAGCCACGUUUCCCUUCACGGCGCCAAGCUUUGAAGUCGAGGUCUGGUUCCGUGGUAAAUGGCUCGAGAUUUUGGGAACCGGCAUUGUGAAACAAAGGACCUUGGAUGAGGCAGGCAUUCCUGACAAUGUUGGGUGGGCCUUUGGCCUUGGACUGGAACGCAUUGCUAUGGUGCUCUUUUCGAUCCCUGAUAUCCGCCUUUUUUGGUCUCAAGAUCCACGAUUUCUGAACCAGUUCAUGGGCCAUGAUCCAAAAAAUGUCACAUUCAAGCCAUAUUCAAAAUACCCUCCUUGCUACAAAGACGUUUCAUUCUGGAUGCCACCGACAUUCCAUGAAAAUGACAUGUUUGAAACGGUUCGCGACCGUGCAGGUGACUUGGUGGAAGAUGUCGUGUGUAUCGACGACUUUGUACACCCCAAGACAAAACGGCACAGUCGCUGCUAUCGCAUCAAUUAUCGCAGUAUGGACCACAAUUUGGAGAACGACCAAGUCAAUAUACUACAUGCUGACGUUCUCGAAGCCCUCGUGCAGCGCUGCCAGGUGGAGAUUCGGUAA